CGUUAAAUGAACAGCCUGCUGAAUGCUCAAUCUCCAAUGGAUUUAUGGUUGACCCGCGCACUUAACACUUGUAUUGACAGAUUCAUAUCGGUUUUGUUGUGCAGAUUCACUAUGAAGUGUUUUUCGAAAAUUUUAGUUCCGAUAGGGAUUGAAAUUAUAAAGAUUAUUGUUUACGCUUACGAGUAUCUUACAUGGCCAUUGUACUACUUAUUCAGCAAAACAUUGAGGUAUAUGCCUCUUCCCAACUCUCCCGUGGACAGCGACUGGACUUAUAACGAGGAAGAAAGUCGAACUUUGGCACUUCCUGUGCGUGAAGGUGACCCUGGUUCGCCAUGGAGAGCAUUUGAGGCCCUUGAUGGCCUGACCUGUUCACUUCCUGGGUGCAAUGAUUUGGUUGAUGUUUGGCUUCGCACAGUUAAGUUGUGGCCUGAUUUGCCGGCGUUUGGAACACGAGCCAUUUUACGUACGGACUACAGACCGAGUCCAGAUGGACGGCAAAUGAUUGAGCUCACUUUGGGUGAGUACUCUUGGGAAACAUUUUUGGAGGCCGAGCGCCGAGUAUCUCGUCUAUCAGCCGGUUUGUACUCAAUGUUAGGAUCCAUAAAAGAAAACAAACAGCCCAUUGCAUUAUUCAGUGAAACAAGGGCUGAGUGGAUGUUUGCUGCUCAGACUUGCUUUCGUCUCAACCGACCUGUUGCUACUUUGUAUGCUACUCUUGGUGAUGAUGCAUUGGUGCACGGAUUUAACGAAACCGAAGCUGUGGUCGUGUUUACAAGCGAUGAGCUGUUGUCAAAAGUAAUUAAAAUUGUCCCAAGAUGCCCCUCAAUUCAACGUAUUAUUUAUUUUACCAACGGAGUUUUUAAUCGGGAACUUUACACGGAAGUUGAUAAUCUGGCUGUUCCCUCUGGAAGUGCUACUGCCAGUGUUGCAGAAGCUCUGACAAAAUGUCCUCCGAAUUUACAUAUCCACGAUAUCGUUGAAGUCGAACGUUUGGGAGCUGCAAUAAUCAUGAAAGAUAAAGAAAAACAAAAAGAAAAACAAAAUGAUUCUACAUCUACAGGAGUUAAUGAUCACUCAUUAAACGGUUAUGAAGAUUUAUGGAUGCCUCCUGCAUCAGAACGUGCCACUCCCUCGGAUUUAGCUGUAAUUAUGUACACAAGUGGAUCAACAGGUCAACCUAAAGGUGUUGAAAUGACUCAUGAAAAUCUAGUAAGUGCUAUAGCUGGUCAUCUGCAACGUUUACCGAAACUUCGUAGUAACUACGACAUAUAUGUCGGUUAUCUACCACUAGCUCAUGUUCUAGAGCUUACCUGUGAACUAUCGUGUGUCAUUAUGGGUGUACGAAUCGGUUACUCCAAUCCGCAAACAUUAACGGAUACUUCAUCUCGUAUUAAACGAGAUUAUUGCUUAGGUGAUGUCAGUCUUCUCCGACCUACUCUCUUUGCCAGUGUACCUACUGUAUUAGAACGUAUUUCCAAAGCUGUUUGGGAAAAAGUGAAUGCUGGGGGUGAAUUUCUUCAAGCUCUCUUCAAAUUUGCAUAUGCUUACAAAUGUCGACGGAUUCACGGUGGUUUCCCAAGUUUCCUUGUGGAUCGAUUGGUUUUCCGUAAGGUCCGAUCACUUAUGGGUGGACGGAUUCGCUAUAUUGUUUGUGGUGGAGCACCAUUAUCAGAAGAAUCGCAAUUAUUUACAAAUAUAUGCAUUGCACCUAUUGUACAAGGCUAUGGGCUUACUGAGUCAUGUUCCACUGGUGCUUUGAUGGAGUGUGGAGAUCUCCGGUGUAAUCACGUUGGAGCACCUGCUUCUACUCUCCAGAUUCGUUUAAGAGCAUGGCCUGAAGGUGGGUAUUCUCCCUAUGAUACACCAUCUCCACGUGGGGAGAUCCUCUUAUCUGGUAAACCGGUUUCUCGAGGCUAUUACAAGCAACCUGAAUUGACAGCCAGAGAUUUUAUAACCGAUGAAGAUGGCACACGUUGGUUUUGUACUGGGGAUAUUGGUCUAAUGCAUACAGAUGGAAGUUUAUCAAUAAUUGAUCGUAAAAAAGAUCUUGUCAAACUACAAGCUGGAGAAUAUGUUUCUCUUAGCAAAGUUGAAAUGGCUCUUAGUCAAUCACCUUAUGUUGAACAAAUUUGUGUCUAUGUAGACCCAUUGCAAAAUUAUCCAAUUUGUUUCGUGUCACCAAAAUCAAAAUCCCUUACUGAUUUGGCAGAAUCUCUGAACUUACUUCAUUUACUUCAAGAAGCUCGUUCAAAACUACCUGUAGAAUCAAUGAAAGAUCCAAUUGCUAUAGAACAUGUAGAACGGGUUGUUCUCUGUAAACAUCCUCUGAUUAUACAAACUGUAUUAAAAGAUUUACAACGAGUUGCCAGAGAAAAACGUUUAAGUACAUUUGAAAUACCACAGAAACUUGCUUUAGAUACUAUAGCUUGGACACCAGAUACUGGUCUUGUAACAGAUGCAUUAAAAUUAAAACGUUUCAAUUUACAAACUCGUUUUCAACAUGAAAUUGAAGAGCUCUAUCGUAAAGAUACACGAGCAUAGUGAAUCAAUCGCUUGAUAUUAAAUAUUAUUAUUCAUCAAAUGGAAUAUAUAACUAAAUCAAUAAAUAAUGAAAUGUAUGCAGUACAUUCCAUCGUUCUCAUUAAUAUUUAUUGUGUAUGUCAAUGGAUAUUAUACCUACAGCUUAUAUUUGUAUUCAUCACUUGAAAUCGAUUCGAACAGUUGUCACAAUCAAAUCAAAGCAUAUAUAUAUAUAUAAAUAUCAAUAUAUUAAGAAGUCGAUUCAUCAUUUCUCUUCUGUUUUGUCAAUCAAUUAUUGUUGUAUUCAAGUUACAGAACGUACUUAUUUAUAGUCGUCAAGAUACUCCAUGUGUAUGUACUUGUCAAGUUAUGUACGUACAUUAACUUUGGUCACUGACUGAAUAGUUCGCCUUUCUCUUCAAUUCUACCCUUAUUAUUGGUUAUAUUUGUCUAUGGCUUCCUCAUAGUUUCCUAAAGUAUAAUUUUUCCACGCAUUCUGAUUAAUCAGCUUUCUUAGAGUUGUAUCAUCUCUUUCCUCCUCACCCCAUUUGUCUUCUCUCUCUUUAAAAUCAUACUCAUAGUAAUAAUGACAAUAUGCAUACUGUAUUUAAAGUUGUUAAUAACAAAGAUACAAAUCUUUUUCGAUUUGUAUUAUAUUAUUCAUUAAUAUAAUAAUAAUUAUUAUUAUUUCACAGGUCUCAUUUAUGUUAUCUACUGUUACUGUUAUUCUGUCAUUAAGUAUUUGCGGUGCCACCUGUUGAUUAUUUUUCUUUGUAGUUUGUCAUAUUUCUGAUCGUCUUGAAGACAUUUUGUGUAUCUUUUAUAAUCGUAGUUCGAUGUUCACUUUGUAUUCAAUGUAAUAAAAUAGUGCUAACUCAUUCACCUCAUUAGUUUGCCAUUGACACUUUGUCAUCAUGCUUAAAUUAUUGAAUUCUGUGACGUGGAUGUGUGUGUGUGUGCGUACCUCCGCGCAUUCAUGUUUAUAUAAAUAUGCAUAAACAAAUUUGUGAAAAAAAAAAUAGUAAUAUCUUAAGCGCAUACAUUUAAUUUUCGUGCAUAGACAUACUCUUCCAUUCAUUGUUCACCAAUCCUUGCAAAGUACACAUCGUUGUUUUAUUUACAGGUGAAGGUAGUUGAUGACAACUUUGUGUGUGUGUGUGUGUGUGUACUGAUUUCAUUCAUCACUUAUUUGUUCCUUUUGUAAAUUUUCAUAUUUGUUUUCCAUCAAAAAAAAAUCAUUCGUGGAGUAUUUUUUUUAACAUUUUUUCUUUACUUACCGACAGUUGUGCAUUACAAAAUUUUGCUCCAGCCAUUGUUAGUAGUGCUAUACAUGCCAUUUGGCUGAGAGGAAUUAAUUCUUGAUAGAAAGUUUAUGUGACUAGAAUUGAAAUGACACUGUGGAAAAUGUUUUCUUGGAUGUUGGAAUUUGAUUUAUCGGAUAUUAUUUCC